GUUUCCUGUUUAGGUGUAGGGUGAUAGAAAAUAUGGUUUGUACAGUAUAAAAACCAUUACUCCUAUGGAAUGUCCCCACAAUUCACAAAAACAAACGUGUGUGUGUGUGUGUGUGUGUGUGCCUUUAAAGUGUUUGUAUGGGUGAUUUCUGGUUUGACUGGUUUUACUCUAAGGGAAGUGAUAGUCUUUUAAAGACUGCGUUUAAAGAAGAAAGACAAAUCAGGUAAGCAUUUUGACUAAAUCAUUUGUAUUAAUUUUAUUUAAAGCAUAGCAUAUUUAUGGCUUUUCUCUUAUACAGUAGAGCAAUUGUUCCUUUGCAAGGAUGAAGUUGGUUGGAGUGGCUCUGAUUUUUUGUGCACUUACAGAUUUAACAUCAGAGCUGUAUAAUGUUGUGGGACCUGCAGAACCUCUCUUUAUUGUUGCUGGUGAAGAUGUGAUCCUGCCCUGUUAUAUCAAACCCAACACCAGUGCUGUGAACAUGACAGUGGAAUGGUUUAGACUUGACCAAGACGAAAUAGUGCAUCUCUAUAAAAAUCGUGAAAACAGAAUCACCGAGCACAGUCAGUCCUACAAAGGCAGAACAGCGCUGUUCCAAGAUGAACUACAGUAUGGAAAUGCCUCGCUCAAACUCUCAACAGUCCAAGUCUCUGAUGAAGGAUUUUACAAGUGUUUUAUUGAGUCCAACUCCUGGUACGAUGAUAUCACUGUUAAUGUUAAAGUCGGAGCUAUAGGAACUUAUCCACUGAUCAUUAUAGAGGAGUUUGAUCAUUCAGGAGGGCUUCGUCUGCUGUGUGAAUGUGAAGGCUGGAACCCUGAACCUGAGCUUCUGUGGCUGGACAGUGAAGGAGAUGUUUUGAUUUCUGAUACUACAGAGACACAUAAAGAUGCAAAGGGCUUCAGCGUCAAACACAGGAUCACUGUGCAUAACAGUGAGACCAAGUAUCACUGCAGAGUCAAACUGAGACAUUAUAUGCUGCAAACGGACAUCAGUGUCUCAAGUAAAAUGUUUCACAUUUGGAGAACAUCAGUCAUUUGGAUUUCAGUUGCAGUUGUAUUCGGUACCAUUACUGCAGUUGCAAUUGCUACUUUUGUUUACAUAAGAAGAGUUCGCUAUUUAAGGAGGAUUCAAAAAGAGAUCGCAAAGAGAAGAAAAUAUGCUGUUGAUGUGACACUGGAUCCAGAUACAGCUCAUAAAUCUCUCAUCUUGUCUGAUGAUGGGAAACAAGUGCGACGUGGAGAAAAAAAACAGAAUGUACCAGACAAUCCUGAGAGGUUUGAUAAAUGCGGCAAUGUCCUUGGAAAGCAGGGAUUCUCUUCUGGAAGGUUUUAUUUUGAGGUACAGGUGAAAGGAAAAACUGACUGGGAUUUAGGAGUAGCCAGAGAAUCCAUUAACAGAAAAGGGAAGAUCACACUGAGUCCUCAGAAUGGAUACUGGACAGUGCGGUUGAGAAAUGGGAACCAGUAUAGUGCCUGUGCUGGAACCUCUGUCUCUCUCUCGCUAAAAGUGAAGCCCCAGAAGGUGGGUGUGUUUGUGGAUUAUGAGGAGGGUCUGGUCUCCUUUUAUGAUGUGGAAUCCAAGUCUCAUAUCUACUCUUUCACGGAUCAUUGGUUCACUGACAAACUCUAUCCAUUUUUAAACCCAUGUACAAACAUUAAAAGCACAUACUCAGCCCCAAUGAUCAUCACACCUAUCAAUUUCAGCAAAUGAAUGAACUCGCUAAUAAGUAAAUAUAAAUUGUAUGGAUUAGUUUGUAUUAAAUAUGCUUCCU